UCAAACAUGGCUGCUCCUAGUCAUGUGGAGUUAGUGUGUGCUUGUCAUGUCACAAAUGUUGAAAGUGAACCUGUUAUAGCCUUCAAAGAAGCUUCCUGGGAUAAAAUUGUGGAUUGUGUAAGUACAUGGAAAGAUAUAGAUGGUGUGGAAAGGAAAGUUUCUUGUGAAUUUGAUGCAAACAAGAGGGAGUUGUACGGGUACCAUAGGAAGUGCUACCAACGUUUCACAGACAAGCGGCGUAAAGGCCAAGCGCUCGUACGAAAAGACAAGGGCAAUCUAAAGGCAGAAGCUGUGAGUAAAUCACCACCAGGCCUAAGUUCAGAAGAGUCCAGCCUAGAUGUCCAGCCUAGCAAAGUUUUACGGUCUGGAGUAAAAACCCCUCGCAGUGAUGUUUCCCGCAGAUCGGAACAUGUCCUCCCAGAGACAUGCAUCAUUUGCCUAGCAAGUAAAAGUACUGUUGACCGUACCACCAAGAAAAGAAAACUCGAGCGCCUUGUCACAUGCGAAACUGAUGGCUCCAAACUGUUGGAGGCUGCUAGGGCCAAAAAUGACCACAGAGUGCUGCUGCAAAUCGAAGGCCUUGACCCUGUGUGCAUUGAAGUCCGCUACCAUGCUUCGUGCUACAAGCAGUACACAAAAUGCACGUAUGAAGGUAGGCCGACUUCUGGUCGAUAUCUCUCCGAAUCAUUUUCUUACUUUUGUGAUGAGGUGAUAACGAGGAGGCUCAUUGCUGGUGGGGAGAUCAUAAAGAUGAACACUCUCAAUAAACUGUUCAUAAACACAGCGAGAAAAAGAGAGUACAUUGACAUUACCACAUACCGCAAUUCGCAGUUGAAGGCAAGGCUCACGCACAAAUUUCCUGAACUCCAGUAUGUACAGCCAAAAUCAACCUUGUGUGAGUUUGUGUUCUGCCCAGCUGAUGAGGACAGAGUACUUGUAGGCCUACAAGACAGUGAAUCGGACAGUUCAGAGUCUGAAAGUGACGAAUCACGCACUAGCAAUCUUAGCAGUGAAGGCGAUCAACACCAACAUGACCAAGUACAUGUACAUGAAGUAUUGUCGUCCAACCCCGACCAUGAGGAUGCUGCUCAGAUAUAUAGAUCUGCACUUGUUCUUAAUGAUGCUGUCAGCAAUACACACUCUGUCACAAAGUGGCCACCAACUGCAAGCAGUCUGACAGAAUCUGAGAGCGCUGACAUUGUUCCGCCACUUCUCUUCAACUUCAUCGCAUGGUGCACUGGUUUGCAUAACGAUUUUUCCACCGAGCGAGUUGAGGUACAGGAUCAUGCUGACAAAGUGAAGGUGCUCUCCAUUGCACAGGACAUCGUCUCCCUAUCUUCACAGGGACGGAAACUGAUGCCAAAGCACUUGGCUCUUGGAAUGACACUUCGUCACAUGACAGGCUCAUCAAAGUUGCAGCAACUUCUAAAUGGAUUUGGGCACUGCGUCUCCCAUUCUGUCAGUCUAGAGCACGACACCGCUCUUGCCACCCAGCAACUGCAACUUGGAAAUGGUGUUCCGCCGGGAUUUGUCAGCGGUAUGUUUACAACAUUGGUGUGGGACAACAAUGAUUUCGGAGAAGAAACCCUUACAGGUACAGACAUGCUUUUAAUUUAA